CCUUGACCGGUGUGCCUUAAAAUAAUUGCUUUACAGUUUUGCUGAGUUUUACAGUGAUAUCUUGAAUAUUAAGUGUUUUUUGUGAACUUUUAAUAGCAACGAAAAUAAGAAUGGCAGAAAAAAAACAAUUCGACGAAUUUUUGGGAGGUUCCCAAUCACUUCCACAUGAGGUACCUAUUAUGAAAGUGGUUGCUGCACGAGCCAGUGAAAUUGCUGCAAUGACUUAUUCAAUAGAAAAUCCUGAACAAACAAAGUUAAUAUUUCAAAAGCUUCCUGUAUAUAUGCGUAGACGUGUAAUGUCUCACAAUGUCAAAAGACUGCCACGAAGAUUGCGGGAAGCUCAUUUAAAUCAAAUGGUAAAGUCAGGUUUACCACCAAAAAGUAAACGACCCUCUCGAAAGUUUCGUAGGAGACCAUCUAAUAUACUUUCCAAGUAUAAUCAGAGGCAGCUUAAAAAAAUUUGGUUAGAAACACACAUUUGGCAUGCUAAACGCUUUCAUAUGGUUGAUAAAUGGGGAUAUAGAAUUGCAAGUCAUCCAAACGACAAAUGUUUUAAAGCUAAUUAUCGUGCUGCAGCAGAACACUGUCUAUUGCAAGAUAUCUCUUACUAUACUUGUAUAGAAAUAAAUGGAGAGGAAGAUUUAUUAAAGACAACACUGAAAGCACACUGUAAGCCAUUUGCCUUAUCUUUUGCAGCAAAUAAAUAUAUCAAUGGCUGCAAUGAAGGCACUCUAAUGUUUUUUAGAAAAAACAGUUAUCCGCAAUUUCCUAUUGGAAAUGUGCAUUUUCUCUGGAAGCCCAAGGAGUCUGACAUUAGGACUAUCUGGAUCUGGGUACAUCCUGCUUUUUACAAUGAUUUCCUUAAUGAAAUUACAUCUAGUUUUGAAUUUAAGGAGAACAAUGUCGAAAAAGAUGUAGCUGGUGGAACACAUAGUUCAAGAUCUUUAUACACAAAUGAUGCUGAUUGUAAAAUGACCAUUUUGAGAAAUGCAUUAAAUAGAUUUCGACUUUAUGGACCAUUAACUCUAAAUGUACUAACAGAUGCAUUACAAGUACCAUCUUUAACUGAAUCAAAUGUCUUUCAAGAGAUAAAUUAUAUUACCACAAAAAAACAACAUGAUUCAUUAAACAAUAAAAAAUCAGACACAUACAAAGAGUCAAUAGACAAUGAUGUUUUGCAAUCUGUAGAAAAGAUAGCACUUGACGAGGCUAAUGAAAAAGAUACAAUUUCUAAAACUUGCAGUAUACAAGAACUUUGUGAUAGAGCAUGGCAUAUUGAAUAUUAUAAACAGCAAGAGAAUAUGGAAGCUUUUAAAGUCCAGAAAGAAUUGUGGCAAAAAUUGAAGACUUCAGGAAAAGCAAACAAUUUACCUGCGAGUGUUAUGGGUCUGACUGUUUUAGACCCACGGUUUUAUUUACGCGAGAAAAGAACAAAAUGUGAAAAGGUAACAACCUUUUCUCAAUUCACCUCAGUAUCACAGACUAAUUUAAAUCGUACUCCGAUUUGGGAUGCACAAAUACGUCAUACCGCAAGCAGUAAUUGCGUCUCGACGCGGAAGAUUAAUGAACUCAGAAGCGGGUGCCUCGUGCCGGGUGUGGCAAAUGAUAAAUAUUACAAUGAAGAUAUUAUGGCAAAGAUACCUUUACUCCUUAUUCCCAGGCCUGGUAAUUCCGAAACAGGUAUAGACUCUAGUAUGGACAUUGUAACUCCAGCUGGAUGGGCAAUGCCGAUUUGGCUUGCGCUUAUACAACGAUGCGCAAGAGUAGGUGCUCUUCAGGAAUCAAAAUCAAUAGCUUUCGAAAGUUUAAGUCCAAAUACACCCGACAUCAACGAUCCUGACAGUCCUGCAUACAUGGAAGAAGCAUCGAGUAGAAAGGAGGAAUUAACUCAAAAAUAUUUCCGUUAUCCACCAAAUAGAAGAGCCAAUUUUAUCAAACUUGGAAUUACUAGCUCCUUCUUUUGUGAUUGGAAGAAAUUGAUGAAGGAAUGGUCAUCCACCGAAGAUUUUUAUGUUUUGAGAGAUCGCAGGCUCUUGUUGCUUCUGCAAACCAGCGUUCGUCCUCCAUAUUCUGCCAAAAAUAAAAAUGCAAGAUGUUCAUCUGUUCAAACUACGCAAGCUGAUUUUCAAGACCUAGAUGCACACAAGAACUGUUUAGUACGCGUUAAAGUAACUAUGGACAAAGGAUUGCCGAAGGAGUUCGCAAUCAUAUGCAUACCGACGCCCGAGGAUUUGAAAAAACUGGAAAGCGACAAGAAAUGGACCGGACCUGUGGAGCAGUGUCACGCCGAUGCAAACGAAACGACACGUAAAACAUCGCGAAGAAACCACUUAUUGCUAUUAAAACGAUUAAAGAGGCAAAGGAUUCGACAGAAAAAAUCGCUCGGAGACAACGUGUCGAAGCUACUGAAGAAGUCUACUGAUGUUGUGAAUAAGAGCGCAGACUCAAACAGUGCAUUACUUCCUAAGAUUAUAUCAGAGCAAUCGAGGAAAAUGUCAAAAUUGUAUUUACCGGAAUGUACAAAAGUUCGUUAUUCUUGUGACAGAGAAGUAAUGGGAUAUAUAACUGCAGGUCACUUCUCGUUCAUUUACGCGAAGGGUAUCGGUAUAGGCUACAUCGUAUUGCCCUCGUUAAUCGGGAUGAUUAAUAAGAAAUCGAACGUUGUUCUAAUCAGGAAUACGCAAACACGACAGUAUAGAUCAGCAACAUUAGACAUAUUGAACACUUAAGAAUAAAAUCAUGAACGUGCAACUGUAGUUCUAUUCAAUCAGAAUUAUUCAAAAUUUUAUGUAUUUUUCUUUUUUAUUUUUUUUUUUUUACAGAAUAUAUCAAACUGUUGUACGUAUAAAUUAUAACUAAACCAAAUCGGCGGUACGAAAGGGUACCAUAUAAGAAAGACGUAGUUGUUAUCGUUAAUAAA